UAGAAGACGAUCUGAGAUUAAUGAUCGACAUCUGUCCUCGAAUGGAUGUUAUAUGCAAACUAUCGCCAGAUAGAAGAUUUGUUUUUGCCGUAUCAUUGUGGGGUACGAUCAGAAACAGGAUACACCUUCCAAGGUUGCGAGAUUUCGAUGUGGCUGGGCACGAUUCGAGUUUCCAAUUAUUGCCGCCGUUUGCUCGCUAGAACUAUAAUCAGAAGGUUUUUGACGCAUGCAUCUCUUUCUCGUCCCAUUCGUACUCUUCUAUUGAUUGUCGCCCUGUCGAUGUUGAAAAAACUAUUAGAAGGUACUUGAGGAGAUCCCUCUUAUCCAGCGAUAUUUUUCUUUUCCGUUCGGACGCGUUGACGCGACGUCAACACAUUCCAUCAUUUUUAAUGGAAUGUCGGGGUUUCGUUUCGGAGUCUGUCUGAUUGGCCAUGUGUUUCGACGCACUUUCCUUGAGUACGUGAUUCACUUGCUGAAGAGGCUUACAUAAAUUGUCAGCUAUCUAGAUUAUCGGUAUGCGUGCGUAUGUGUGUAUGUGACCCAGAAUGUUAUGCUAAAAUCGCGACCAGAUUUGCGAUGAAUACCCGACGAUUCCGCGAAUCGGAAAUAUUUCACAGGAAUACAUCACCCUCCUAAUCGAUUUAAUCGUCAUUUAUUUUCAAAUUUUAAAUGUAUUUGAAAUUAAUACUCGCGUUAAUACUUAUUUUAAUGCUAAAGAUAUGUAUGCUGAAGAUAUAUUAAAUUGAAUAUAAGUGAAUUAGGUACUAGGACAUGUAGUAUAUAUGAGUAUGAUAUAUGUAGGAGAAGUAAUACCGACAAUUUUUUGCAUCUUAAAAGGUAAAAAAUGAAUUUGAUAAUACAUUUUUGUAGCGAGAACAUAAAUUGGCGACAAGAAUCUGAUUCUUUUUUCUAUCCUAAAUCACUUACAACAGCCUUGAUGGAACGAUGGGCUGAAUCCUAUCGCUUGUCUCCAUAUCCGAGAUAUCUGCCCAACUGGAAUUAUGUAAACGAGAAUGGCGCGGAUUGUUACGUAAUUCUCCCUGCCUAGGUACGUGAUCGAAUACAAUGUAUGGCAAGGUUGCGCGACAGGGAAAAUGAUUACGUGGAUUGUGUCCAGAUCGGCUUACGGUUGGUAGCUAACAAUUAGCGAACAGCUGUAUUCGUACGUUAGAUCAAAUUGGUAGUCGUUGAGCAUAGAGCUCCAUAGAUCCUUGAAUUUGUACGUGUUCCGUUCCAUCGAUCCACGAAUCUUGUUCUCGCAAAUCUUUGCAAGACCUCUCGUUAGAUGGUAGACGUAAAUUCUGGAAUGUAAUUCCUGUUUCUCAAUACGUAGAAAGAUGAAUGACGCGCGACGCGACGAUGUUUCAACCCCCAAUGCGAGCGGUUGGAAGUUGUCACAAAGGGAAAUAAAGGAAAAAUUCAAGAGAAAUAUGUCAGAUGUGUAUGUACGUAUAACAUACAUACACUAUCGAAAUAUUACCUUUGGAAUAUAAUGCUCCUUUAAUUGAUUUGAGAUAUUGUAAUUUAAUUAGAGUUGGAAAAAAUCGAAUAAAUUCGCGUUUUUUUUUUAGAAAGGCAUGUAGACAACGUUACCGGAUAUAAGCGUGUAACGUUUGCGUUGCUGUUUCGCUAGUCAUUAAUCGAAGGUCGUUAAAAUUGUUGCGAAUCAGUGACGAAAACAUUGGCAUCGAAAGGAAAGCCAGUUGACGAUGCUCGUCGUGUUCGUCGACAGAGAAAGAGAGAGUUAUGUCAAGAAAGAAAGAGAAAAAGAGGGGAGAUUUACGCUUCGGGAUGCUCGUUAACCAGGAGGUAGAGGUAUCAACGGCCUUGACGAAGUGCCAUCAGUUGGGGGUCGAACAGAAACGCUAUAAAGGCUUUUGCUUUUUCAUUCGGAAGGCAGAAUCCUUUCUUUCUUCGUUUCGAACAACAUUCUCGACGUUAAACCUUUCAACAUGUUCAAGCUGUACAUUCUCUCCGUUCUCCUGACUAUCAUUUACGCUGCACCUGCACCUGCUCCAGGAGCAAUUCUGGCGGCACCUGCGGCAAUCGCGGCAGUGCCAGCACCGAUUGUGACGGCCAGUAGCAGUCAAGUGAUCGCCCGGAAUUACAACACGCUUGCUGCAGCUCCACUCGCAGCAGCUCCGAUCACCUACGCCGCAACGCCCUUGGCAGCUUACAGCACUCAUGCCGUUGCACCUGCAGCGUACACUGCCUAUUCUGCACCCAUUUUGCUGUAAUCCAUAAAUCGAAAUCGAUUGCCUAUGUAUGGAUUUCUAUUGCAAAUUUUUAUGGCAAAAUUAAUUGAUUGACAAUGUGUCGUUACUGCAAAGGAUUAAAUUCAAACUUUAUCUCGUGACAUGUCAAGUUUUUUGUAAUCUUGAUUAAUUUCAAUAAAUUCUCCAUUUUCCCAUCUCUCUCUCUUUCUGAAUUUUUACCGUAUACUUUAUUUUUAUAGCUUUUAUUUACAUCUUUUUAGAAAAAUUUACCCUCUUCACUACAAUUAGGUAAAGUUUUUUUCAACUAGUAGUAAGAAACUGUAUUAGUUUCUUUAUUUAAUCAUAGUGAUAAUAUUUUAAUAUUAUUUUGAUUAUAGCUUUUAUCGUAUCUUAAAAUAUUAUUAUACACUAAUUAUCUAUAUGUAUAAGCAUAUCUGGUAAAGAUUAUAAAAUAUUUCUUUACAAACGUAUUUACACUGACAAAUGUUAUUUUUAGAAAUCUUUAGAAUCUUCUUAUUUUUAAAAUCUUUUUGACUUGACGUAUAGUGAAGGAAAACGAGCAGCCGAAUAUACGUGAUACGAGUUUAAUUCUCUUAAUAUAAGGAGAGUGCUUUGGGCAGUUUAUGUCACGGCAUAAUCAAAGAAAUAAAAGCAAACGAGAGAGAGAGGGAGAGAGAGAGAGAGAGAGAGAGAGAGAGAGAGAGAGAGAGAGAGAGAGAGAGAGAGAGAGAGAGAGAGAGAGAGAGAGAGAGAGAGAGAGAAAGAGACUCGUUCGAGAUCGUCGACGUCGUGUGGCCUUUGCUAGUAAUAUAAUUUUCUCAAUACGGUCAGUCCUGUUUUGGUUUCCAGUCUCCCUCUUUCGCUCUUUCUCGUUUAGUCAACCGGAUCUCGUCAGAGUCAACGAAGAGAACUUCAAGGCGAUGCUCGCAUAUUUUUUCUCAAGUUCAAGUUCGUCGAGUCUACCCGCGCGCGGAACGCCUUAAUCGGCGCCGCACGUUCGUUUGCUUCAAAUUAUAUGGAUUGAUCGAUCUUUCUCUCUCUCUCGAGAUAUCAUCAACAACACGUUAUACAUCCUGUUACUUUUAGUUACUUUGAUUAAAUUCUAACUAAAUGUAACAUGUCGAAAAUAUUUGAUUUUUUAAUCCUCUCUUGUUACUGCUAUUGAUUGACUCUUUGAACCUUUCAAAUGUAAUUUGUUGCAUUUUAUAUGUAUAAUAUAUAAAGUAAUACGUCAAAUAACAGCGCUAACGUGACAGCUUGAUAAAAAUGUUAAUCUUUUGACAAUGUAAAAAUAUUAAUUUUUUAUGAAAAAUAUUCUUAACGUUAUAUAUUUACUUUCACAAUACCUUGUGUUAAUUUGUUAGGUGUAAUUAUUAGUUUGCUUUUUGCUUUUUAUUUUUUGCUUUUUUGAUUACUUUUCAAAUAUUUAUAAAGAAAAAAAUAAAAACAAAAUAUCACCUUUUUUGUACAUGAUUCUGUUACGUUGCUAUGCGCUAAAUGCUUUUGACUUACGUAUUUUUAAUAUAUAAGUGCAGUAUAGUGAUUUUUUAUUCAAUUGUAAAAGUUCGAUAUUUGAUAUUGUACACAAAAAUAAAAGAUAAAUAUAUAUUAAUAGAGAAAUAUAUGUAGAGCUAAUUUAAAGGAAAUUUUAAAGAUAAAUUUAAAAACACAAAUUAUUAAGGGGAGCAAGUCAUGUAACGCGCUGAAAAUUGAGUGAUUUUUUGGAAUUUUGUUUGAGGAAAUUAUACAACCAAUUCUUUUGAAAUUUUCAGGGUAUGUUAUUGUAAUAUUGAACUACUAAAAAAAUAUUUUUUGACAGAAAAAUAAUAUAUAUUUUAUAAAUAAUAAUAAUGUAAAUCUAAUGCGUCGACGUUGAAGUCACCUGUCGGCGUGCAAUGUAGCGCUACUUGUAUUCAUCUGAAACAAAAAAA